AUGAACUCAUUUCCUGCGUUCUCUGAGACGUUUACCUUCGAUGAUUGCGAGUCUCCGGUUUCCUUGGGCGGAGAUUACUGUCCGACGCUGGCGACGAGCUGUCCGAAGAAACCGGCGGGACGGAAGAAGUUUCGGGAGACUCGUCACCCAAUUUACAGAGGAGUUCGUCGGAGAAACUCCGGCAAGUGGGUGUGCGAAGUUAGAGAGCCAAACAAGAAAACGAGGAUUUGGCUCGGGACUUUCCUAACAGCCGAGAUGGCAGCGCGUGCUCACGACGUCGCCGCCAUAGCCCUCCGUGGCAGAUCCGCCUGUCUCAAUUUCGCUGACUCGGCUUGGAGGCUCCGAAUCCCGGAAUCAACCUCCGCCAAAGAUAUCCAGAAGGCCGCGGCUGAAGCCGCAGCGGUGGCUUUUGAGGAUGAGAGGAGUGAUACGACGACGGAACAUGGCCUGGACAUGGGGGAAACGAUGGUGGAGAUGGCUAUUAUAGAAACGGUGGAACAGAGUGAUGUUGCGUUUUAUAUGGACGAUGAGGCUAUGUUUGGGAUGCCGAGGUUGCUGGCUAAUAUGGCGGAAGGGAUGCUUUUGCCGCUGCCGUCUGUACAGUGGAGUCAUAGUUAUGACGUCGAGGGAGAUGCUGACGUGUCCCUUUGGAGUUAUUAA